AUGAAGGGAGCACUCCUCUUUUCCGCCGCGGCCGCCAUAGCUGGCUCGGCUCUCGCCCACGUCGGCCAUCCACAGCACAACGCUUUCCACCAGCGUCGUGCCUACCCGGCCUCUCCCAUCCCCAGCGACAGUACCUCCGAGGCUUCUCCUGCGCCAACCAGCAGUGACUGCGAGGCUUCGUCCAUUCCCCAGGUUACCUCAUACGAAGUGUCUGCUAUUCCAACCACCACUGGUUUUGAGGUGUCGCCUAUUCCCAACACCACUGGUGGUUAUGAGGUAUCGCCGAUUCCCAGCGAUAGCCCCGAGGAACAUGGUGAUGAUGAUGACUGUGCUUGUAUCACCAAGGUCAUCACUUACUAUGGGGAGCCAAGUGAGGUCGAAGAGUUGACUACCACCAUAAAAACCACCAGCACCAACACCAAGACCGUCACCGUCACCCCUGAGCCGGCGCUUCCCACUCCCUCAGUCACGGUGUUCCCCACCCCGGGAACCUAUAUCAUCCCAGAAACGACUAUCAUUGUGACCAAGGAGACCACUGUCUGCGCGGCCACCAGCACCGCUGUUUCUCCUGGUGAGCAUACAUACGGCGGUGUCACCACCGUUGUCACGACUGCAACCACCGUCACCUGCAACAUUGCUGUCACCAAACCCGCUGGCGAGACUGUCACCAGCGUCAUUGAGCAGACCACAUAUGUUUGCCCCUCCGCUGGCACCUAUACCGUUGCUCCUUCCACCACCAGUGUUGCCGCGAGCACUGUCUUUGUCUACCCAACCCCUGCCACAUAUACUACUGGAACCUACACUCAACCCGCACAAACCGUGACUGUCACCGAGACCAACUACGUCUAUAUCUGUCCCGCCGCUACUGGAAACAACCCCGCCCCAACCGCUUAUCCUACCUCCCAGCCUCCACCGCCCAAGGAACAGCCCAAGGAGCAACCCAAGCAGCCAGAGCAGAAAACUCCAGCGGAGCAAGAACCCCCAGUUCUUGGUGGCGGUGAAAAAUGGGGUAUGACUUACUCUCCAUACACCAAUGACGGGCAGUGCAAGGGCGCUGUUGCCGUAGCUGCCGAUAUCGCCCUGAUCAAGCUCAAGGGCUUCCACAACGUCCGUGUCUAUGCCACAGAUUGCGACACCCUACAGAACGUUGGUAACGCUUGCAAGCUGAACGGCCUGAGAAUGAUCCUCGGUGUUUUUGUAUCUUCCAAGGGGAUCCAGGAUGCCAAGAAUCAAGUCGACGACAUUGUCAAAUGGGGUCAAUUCGACACAGUCGACUCAUCGUUGUCGGUACGAGCGCUCAAUCAAGGUACCGCCACCCCGGGCUCCCUUGCUGAGCUCCUCGAUUACGCCAGGGGCUGCUUCAAGGGUGACGGCUACAAUGGUCCAAUCACCACUACUGCGCCCCAGAACAAAUGGCAGGAAGCCGGUCAAGAUCUUAACCAGAUGACGAUCCUCGGAGACAUUUGCCCAGGCAAGGAAACCAUCAACCUGGAGACUGGCUGGCCCAGCGGCGGUUCUAGCAACGGCAAGGCCAUUGCUUCCCCUGAGGCUCAGGCGACCGCCAUCAAAUCCAUCGUCAAGGUAGUAGGAUCCAAGUCUGUGUUUUUCUCGUUCACGAACGAUCUCUGGAAAAACCCAGGCUACCUGGGCGUUGAGCAAUUCUGGGGAUGCGGUGAUCUCUUUUAA